AUGGCGCUGCCGCAGCUGCUGUCUGCGGAGGGCGACCUCAGAGACCGGCCGUUGACGGUAGACGAGGCAUCCUGGCUGGCGUCGCUCAUAAUCGUGACCACGCUCGUGUUCGUCCCCGUGUUCUCGGCGGUCAGUGCACACAUCGGCCGCAAAAUGCUCGGAUAUGUCGCGAUAGCUCCGCUGUUGGCCAGCUGGAUCGUCAAGGUGUUCUCGACUUCCGUUGAAGCCCUCUAUGUAGCAAGGGUGCUGGCCGGUGCGCAGAGCGCCGGGUCGCUGAUGCUGACGACGCUGUACGUCAGCGAGACGACCAGCGACGAGGUGCGGGGCAGGUUGGGCUGCCUGCUGCCCCUGCUGUGCAACAGCGGCCUGCUGUUCGCUUACGUCACCGGCGCCGUCCUGCCUUACUAUACCGUGCUGUACGUGAACAUCGCCCCUGCAGCCAUCUUCAUCAUCUGUUUCGCCUUCAUGCCUGAGACACCGUACAGGCUGGCAACCGUUCAUCGGUAUGACCAGGCGAGAAAGGUGCUGAGGUGGCUGCGUCGAGGGAUCUCAGAGGAACAGGUGGAGCACGAGAUGGCACGCAUUCUGGCAUCGCUGGCCGGAGACCAAGAAGGUGGCACGGGACGCGUCACCCUCAAGGAACUCUGCUGCAGGGCCUCGCUCAGGGGCUUCGCCAAUGCCAUCAACCUAGGCACCAACCUGCAGCUCUGCGGUUCCUUCGCUGUGCUCAACUAUGCCGUCAUCAUGUUCGAUGAGGCUGGAGGAUCCGUACCCUCCGAGAUGGCAACGAUCAUCUUAGGUGCUUUGCAGGUUGUUGGCGGUCUGGCGUCCGCUCUGGCGAUGGAUCGCCUCGGUCGACGACCCCUGCUGUUCCUCUCCAAUGCGGUAAUUGGAACUUGCGUCGCCCUCUUGGGGGUCUACAUGUACCUCAAGCAGGAGACAGACGUAGACAUAUCGUCCGUCGGAUGGUUGCCUGCCACAUGCUUGUCCAUAUACGUGCUGAUGCAUUCGUUUGGCUUGAACCCACUGCCAUAUGUGGUGCUCUCCGAGAUCGCGGCUCCGAGGAUCAGAGGUCUGGCUGCCAUUGCCAUGUACACGAUGGUCUGUGUCACUGCAACCAUCCUGACCAAACUGUACCCAACCAUGUCGGAGUCCAUGGGAGUGUACGGCACCUUCUGGUUCUUCGCCGCUGCCUGUCUGACUUGCAGCCUCGUCGGAUGGUGGCUGCUGCCGGAAACCAAGGGACGACCUUUGGAGGACAUCCUCAAGGAACUCAACGGUGGAAAGGAUGUCAUCGUUGGCAGCUCCCAAUGA